AUGCCUUUGCUUUUGAAGAGAGGAUUUUUGUUGGUGCUUUGCUGGAUUAUAGCGAGGAGUUCUCCAACCCCAGGAUCUGAGGGGCACAGUUCAGUCACUGACUGCCCAUCGUGUGCCCUUGCCACACUCUCAAAGGAUGUGCCAAGCUCACAGCCUGAGAUGGUGGAAGCAGUAAAGAAGCACAUACUGAACAUGUUGCACUUGAGGGACAGACCUAACAUCACCCAGCCGGUGCCCAAGGCAGCACUUUUAAACGCCAUAAAAAAACUCCACGUAGGAAAGGUGGGAGAGGAUGGCUAUGUGGAAAUAGAGAAUGACAUUGGAAGAAAAGCAGAAAUGAAUGAACUUGUAGAGCAAACUUCAGAAAUCAUCACAUUUGCAGAAUCAGGCACGGCUAAAAAAAUGCUGCACUUUGAGAUUUCCAAGGAAGGCAGUGACCUCUCGGUAGUGCAGCGUGCUGAAGUGUGGCUCUUCCUGAAAGUCUCCAAGGCCAACCGAAGCAGAACAAAAGUGACCAUCCGACUGUACCAACAGCAGAGACAGCCCAAAGGCAACUCUGAAGGGGCAGAAGAAAUGGAAGACGGAGGGCUGAAGGGUGAUAAAAGUGAGACUCUCAUCUCUGAAAAGGCGGUGGACACCCGUAAAAGUACCUGGCACAUCUUUCCUGUCUCCAGUAGUGUGCAAUACCUGUUGGACCAAGGCAAGAGCUCCCUUGAUGUGCGGAUUGCCUGUGACCAAUGCCAGGAGACUGGAGCCAGCCUGGUGCUGCUGGGCAAGAAGAAGAAAAAAGAAGAUGAUGGGGAAGGGAAAGAGAAGGAAGUUGGAGAAUCCACAGUAGAAGAGGAGAAAGAGCAGUCACACAGACCUUUCCUGAUGAUGCUUGCCCGGCAUUCAGAUGACCGCCUGCACAGACGACGGAGACGGGGCCUGGAGUGUGACGGCAAGGUCAACAUCUGCUGCAAGAAGCAGUUCUUCGUCAGCUUCAAGGACAUUGGAUGGAGUGACUGGAUCAUUGCUCCCACAGGUUACCAUGCCAACUACUGUGAAGGUGAGUGCCCCAGCCACAUAGCGGGCACAUCUGGUUCAUCAUUAUCCUUCCACUCCACGGUCAUCAACCAUUACCGCAUGAGGGGCCACAGCCCCUUCUCCAACCUCAAGUCAUGUUGUGUGCCCACCAAGCUACGACCAAUGUCCAUGCUAUACUAUGAUGAUGGACAGAACAUCAUCAAGAAGGACAUUCAGAAUAUGAUUGUGGAGGAGUGUGGCUGCUCAUAG